GCUCCAUCAAGGUGGAGCCACAAGUUGCCUACAGGACGAUGGAUUCCUCAGAUUCCUCUCAGGGGAUGCUUUUCAAGGGAAUCUCCCAGGAAAACAACAUUCUUGAGAUCUCAGCAGGAUAUGGCCCAUCGCCACGGGAUCUUGUUGAAAUGCCUUCUUUUUCUGAUGAAGCAGAAACACUCUCUCCAGCUCAGGGUGCUGUGUCCUUGCAGGAGGUGGUGGUGUGUUUCUCCGAGGAGGAGUGGGCCCUGCUGGAUCCCACCCAAAAGUCUCUCCACGGGGAAGUCAUGAAAGAGAAUUCUAGACACGUGGCAUCUCUGGAAACAGGUGAGGACAACAGUGAGAAUUGUCAGGCGCCGGACACAGAGUCUUCGCAACCAAAGAGGGCUAAAGUGGAAAAUGAGAUUUUUGAGAACCGCUGGAGAUUAGGAACAUUUGGGGAAAGGAAGAAAAGAACAUCUAGGAAGAAGAAAUCACCAGCUUCCCACCGUGCUGAAGUCCACAAAUUCCUGACUCAAGGGGAUCACACCGGAAGCCAAAACGAGAAUUCCCUACCCUAUGGGGGGAUACCCAGGGAUCAGUCCGAGAGAUGUAAUCAUUGUGAAACUAAAAUUAGAGACAACAAGUGCGAGUGCAGACAGCAGGGAAACUAUUCCAGCCAAAGCUUUGCUUUGACAUCAUGUCAACAAACCCAUCCAGGGUCUGCAGAGAAACCUGAGACAUUCAAAGAGUGUAGAAAGAGCUUCAGUAGGAGCAGGAGCUCCUGUAAAGAGCUCCACCCAAGAGAGAAACCCUGGAAAUAUGCCGAGUGUGGAAAGAGUUUCAGGUGGACGAGUGAACUCUCUUCCCAUAUUGGAAUCCAUAUGGAGGAGAAACCAUUUCCAUGUGCGACAUGCGGAGAGAGUUUUAUAUUGAACAGUGACCUUACCCAACACAAAAGAGUCCAUACCGAGGAGAAACCGUACAAAUGUCUGCAGUAUGGGAAGAGCUUCAGCACGAGCCAAGAACUGACUUUUCACGCAAGUAGGCACAUGGAAGAGAAGCCCUACCAGUGUAAGGAGUGUGGGAAGAGCUUCAGAUUGAGCAGAUACCUGACUUUGCACAACCGGAUCCACACGGGAGAAAAACCGUAUGCAUGUACAGAGUGCAGCAAGAGUUUUAGCACCCAUAGUGCUCUUUGCAGUCAUAAAAAGGUCCAUUCAGAGGAGAAACCCUAUCAGUGCGCGGAAUGCGAAAAGAGCUUCCGGUGGAAAAAUCAGCUAAGAUCUCAUCAAAGUAUCCACAUGUGGGAGAAUUUGUAUAAAUCCACGGAGAGUGGAAAGAGCUUCGGUUUCGGCAGUGACGUUUCUCCCCUUUCAGGCAAAACUCCAUAUAUAUGUACCGUGUGUGGACAGUGUUUUAUUGACCAGGGUGUCUUUCGUACCCAUAAAAAAACACACGUAGAAAAGUCCUAUAUAUGCCCAGAGUGCGGAAAGAGCUUCUGUAAAAAUUACACGCUUACUAUUCACAAGAGGCUCCACACGGGAGAGAGACCUUAUCAGUGCAUGGAAUGUGGGAAGAGCUUCAAUCAGAAGUACAAGCUUACGACUCAUAAGAGGAUUCAUUCGGGGGAAAAACCCUAUAAAUGUGGUGAAUGUGGAAACAGCUUCAGAACUUCUGAUAGCCUCGCUGCCCACACGAGGCUCCACACAGGGCAGAAACCUUACAAGUGCAAAGAGUGUGACAAGAGCUAUAGCCGAUGCAGCAGCCUCUCUGCCCAUAAAAGUACCCAUAACAAGGAGAAGCCCUACAAAUGUCUGGAGUGUGGAAAGCACUUCACUAGUAACGUGAGCCUGGUCUGUCAUAUGAGAUGCCACACUGGCGAGAAGCCCUAUAAAUACAGAAUGCCUGAAAGGAGCUUCAGUCAAUGCAAUAACCUCACUUCCCAUCAAAGGACCAAUUCAAGGGAGAAACACGAAUCCAUGUAUGACAUGUGGGAAAAGGUUCAGGCAGAGCAGCCACCUUGUUUCCCAUUCUGAAGGAAUAGUGUAAGACGGAGAUCCCCAAUUUUUCUGGUGUUGCGGAUAAGGGAUGAGGAGAUUCUGCAUGAAGUGUGCAGUUCCAUUUGCAUGACCAGUGGGCAUAUGCACCUGCCGCUUGGGCGAAUGGACCACAUGUGUAUGCAUGCUCAUCGACUACUUGCACAAGUAGGGAUACGGACCCACGCUCGCCUGCCACAUCCACGGCCCAGUUCCAAAUGGCUCAAGGCUGUGGGUUGCUGCUCGGGUUGGGGACUCCUGGUGUAAGAGGAAAUGAGUUGCACUUUUAUUUCAUAAUUAGCUUUAUGUUUUGUAUUUCUAAAUUGCUCACCUCCCUCAAAGAUGAACUUAUAUGAACUUAUAUAAGACAACCUAUAAACCCAACAAGAAUGCUGUCUUCUUCUCUUCCUCCAUCUUCCCUAAGUCUUUACACCACCCAGGUUCAAGUCGGUACUGGGGCUCAGGACCCCGAACAACCUCCUGAAAUUUGGGGUAGCUGGUGAAGUAUUUUAAUGGAGAUUGGGGUUA